AGCAAUAAAAGGGAUUUCAAAAGAGAGAAGCAGAAAAAAAAACAUGUGGUGUUGGUGUUCCAACGUUGUCAUCUCAGCACACGCCACACCAUGUUUCAAGGCUCUUGCUGUUCCCUCCGUCUCCGCCAGUUCUCUUCCACAGAGCCGCCGCCACCACCGUCAAGAACCAAUCACUGAGCAGCGAGCUGGUGAAUUAGGUCGCACCCUAACAACCAAAUUAACCAAUCUGGAAUCCAAUUCAAAACCGGAAAAGCAAGAGAUCAGUGGGUCAGAUGUACUGUGGGCAUUGCAGAGAGCAGCCUCUCAUAAGAAGAUUAUCAAGAACAAUAAAAAGAAGCAGCAUGAACGUGGAAGGGAUUCAUCAUCCUCUGCUGUCAGUUCCAUGGAAGAAAGUUCUGUGGAUUACCGUGUCCGACCACUCUGCAUAAACGAACAUUGGGGUCCUAAAUUGGAUGAACUGGAAAAUCGUCUUCGUGACCUUUCAGAUACCACUUGAUUUCAUUUCACCCUUGUUACUAGUAUUUUUACGCAUGGAACAGAAACUAUUUAGUUUUUCUUCUUCCGAGUCCAGUUAGAAUCAAUAUAUUUGCAUUAUAAGGAACCAUGCAUGAAGAAUGAAUACCAUUGUGUAAUUUUCUGUUAGAUUUGUAUCUGUUUAUUUAUAUUUAUGGCAGGAUUUGUAUCCUAUUCCUUCCAAACAAUACAACAAAUAGCAAAAUAAAUAUUUUUACCUGGUA